AACAGGACGGGCCAAAACACAAGUAGUAUGCCGAUACUUAUAAAAGAUUUCACGUGGAGACAGACCGAGGAGCGCGUAAUUGUCAAAAUACCUGUGCGGGGUCCCCCGCCCACCAAACUCGAUCUAUUCACUUGUGACAAUUUUAUCAAGUUACAUUAUCCACCGUUCUUGUGUGAGAUUUGUCUGAGGGAUGUGAUAAAUGACGAUCAAAGCGUCUGCAGACUCCUGAAAGAUGAAAUAGAAUUGGAACUAGUGAAAUCCAGCACAGGACAAUGGGACCAACUGGAGGCUGUGCUUACAAAAGCAGAAAAAUUGGAAGUGAAGAAGAGGGCUGUGGAAAUUGCUCAGCAAAGGAGCCAAGUACAGUGCAAAAAAAAGGAAGAACAGAGAUCGGAGCAACAGAGAGCGGCAGUGAGGUCUCAAAUAGCUCUGGAUACGACAGAGACAGAAGUCAUCAAUCACAUAAGGAAGGCAGAAAUAGACCAGGCCAUGUGCUCCUUGGAAAACUGGAGACAUCAGUCACAGAGCAAGCUGCUUGCACUGAAAGAUAAAGCACAUGGAGACGCUUCUUCCAUCGUUAAUUUGAAGACUAGCAAGAAGAAUGAUCUCAAAAAUAAACCUUCAUCAACCAAGAAAGAAGUAAAAUCGAUAAAACCGAAACCCAAAAACCCGGAGCCUGUAAAUCUACCACCGAGAAACAGUGGCACAAUAAAAGUAUCAUUCACUCCACGUGUGUUUCCAACUCCUCUUCGUGAAAGUAAACAGGAACAGGAAAAUGAG